GCGCCAGGAGGAGUCACAUACUCAACCCAUCUGGCCUUGAUUAUCAUCCUGGAAUGGUUUUCCUACUUUUGCUCUUCAGAGUAAUGUGGCACAUUUCAGCUCUGAAACCCUUGUCUUGUAAGAACUUGGUGCUGGCUUAGAAGCCCAAACAAUUCAUAAUUUUCAGGACAGAAGCUUUGUUCUUAUCUCUAGCAAGAGCUACCAGCAUAGAUUAAAAUGGAAGAUGAUACUGUUUAUGACAAGGCAAGUGCUGGUGCUUCACACACUUACCCAGUUCAGUGCUCCUCCUUGCGUAAAAAUGGCUAUGUAAUGCUGAAGAAUCGCCCCUGUAAAAUUAUGGAAAUGAGCACUUCAAAAACUGGAAAACAUGGUCACGCAAAGGUACAUCUUGUUGGCAUAGACAUUUACACCAAUAAAAAAUAUGAAGAUUUGUGUCCUUCAACUCAUAACAUUGAUGUUCCCAAUGUUAAUCGCAGUGAUUUUCAGCUUAUUGACAUCAGCGAUGAUGGUUAUGUUUCACUGAUGGAUGACAAAGGCGAUACUCGAGAUGAUCUGAAACUACCAGAUGGAGAACUGGGACAAAAAAUAAGAGAGGACUUUGGUAAAGAUGAUGCAUCUGUUAUUGUGACAGUAUUGUCUGCUGUUGGUGAAGAGGCUAUUAUUGCUUGCAAGAAUGCCACUAAUUGAGUUAUUUGUUAUUAAAAACAAGGAAAGUAGGAGCUGCUAUGCCAAGAAGUACAGUGUUAUAUUGAAUUUCUACAUGUAUCAAGUUUAAAUUGAACACCUGUUUGUUUUGUAACACUACCAUGUGAAAAUAUAAAAAAAAUACCUAGAUUUUUGGAAAUAUAAAAAAAAUUGUAGAUAGUUCUCUAAAUUUGCUUGUUGUGUCAUUUACAUAAAAAGAUUUUUUUAAGAUAUUUGAAAAUGAGAUUUUUUGGGGGGUUUUAAUGCUACAAAGGGGAUAGAAACUGAAUACAUAGUGUGCUCCAUGUUUUCCUGUGAUCAGCCUGCUCUGAUCAUCUUUGAUCAGAUCAUUGUUUUGCAAGAUAUUCUAUAUUAUGAAAAUGAGCUAAUAAAUAAUUAAAAGUUUGUUUAAA